GCGGGGCUUCCCGGGGGUGGGACUCCGGCCUCCCCGGAGGGUGACCCGCGGUCCCGUUAGGUCCGAGGCCGCAAUGGCGGCACGCGCGUUGAGGCUGCUGACCAUGUUGUGGGUUGUCGCCGCCGCUGCCUCCCGAGCAGAGGCCGAAUCCGAGGCGGGAUGGGACAUGACGGCGCCGGAUCUGCUCUUCGCGGAGGGCACCGCGGCCUAUGCGCGCGGGGACUGGGCCGGGGUGGUGCUGAGCAUGGAGCGGGCGCUGCGCUCGCGGGCCGCCCUGCGCGCCCUCCGCCUGCGCUGCCGCACCCAGUGUGCCGCCGACCUCCCGUGGGAGCUGGAGCCGGACUCUCCCCCAAGCCUGGCGCAGGCCUCGGGCGCCGCCGCCCUGCGGGACCUGCGCUUCUUCGGGGGCUUGCUGCGCCGCGCGGCUUGUCUGCGGCGCUGCCUGGGGCCGUCGGCGGCGCACUCGCUCAGCGAGGAGCUGGAGUUGGAGUUCCGCAAGCGGAGCCCGUACAACUACCUGCAGGUCGCCUACUUCAAGAUAAACAAGCUGGAGAAAGCUGUGGCAGCAGCCCAUACCUUCUUCGUGGGCAAUCCUGAGCACAUGGAGAUGCGUCAGAACCUGGACUACUACCAGACCAUGUCUGGGGUGAAGGAGGCGGACUUCAAGGAUCUUGAGGCCAAACCCCAUAUGCACGAGUUUCGGCUGGGAGUGCGCCUGUACUCGGAGGAGCAGCCGCAGGAGGCCGUGCCCCACCUCGAGGCCGCGCUGCAGGAGUACUUCUUGGCCGACGAGGAGUGCCGCGCCCUCUGCGAAGGGCCCUACGACUACGACGGCUACAACUACCUGGAGUACAACGCCGACCUAUUCCAGGCCAUCACAGAUCAUUACAUCCAGGUCCUCAGCUGUAAGCAGAGCUGUGUCACCGAGCUCGCGUCCCACCCAGGCCGAGAGAAGCCCUUCGAAGACUUUCUGCCGUCACAUUAUAACUACCUGCAGUUUGCCUACUAUAACAUUGGGAAUUACACACAGGCCAUUGAAUGUGCCAAGACCUACCUCCUCUUCUUCCCCAACGAUGAGGUGAUGAGCCAGAACCUGGCCUACUACACAGCCAUGCUCGGAGACGAACCAGCCGGAUCCAUCCGCCCCCGUCAGAGCGCCCAGGAGUACCGACAGCGAAGCCUGCUGGAGAAAGAGCUGCUCUUCUUUGCUUACGACGUUUUUGGAAUUCCCUUUGUUGACCCGGAUUCGUGGACUCCGGAGGAGGUGAUUCCCAAGAGACUGCAGGAGAAACAGAAGUCCGAACGGGAAACAGCCGCCCGCAUCUCCCAGGAGAUCGGAAACCUUAUGAAGGAGAUUGAGACCCUCGUGGAGGAGAAGGCCAAGGAGUCGCUGGACGUGAGCAGGCUGACCCGGGAAGGCGGCCCCCUGCUUUUUGACGGCAUCCGUCUCACCAUGAACUCCAAGGUCCUGAACGGCUCCCAGCGGGUGGUGAUGGACGGCGUCAUCUCGGCCGAGGAGUGCCGGGCGCUGCAGAGGCUGACCAACGCGGCAGCGACUUCGGGAGACGGCUACCGGGGUCAGACCUCCCCGCACACCCCCAGCGAAAAGUUCUACGGCGUCACCGUCUUCAAGGCCCUCAAGCUGGGGCAGGAAGGGAAGGUCCCCCUGCAGAGCGCCCACCUGUACUACAACGUGACCGAGAAGGUGCGGCGCGUCAUGGAGUCCUACUUCCGCCUGGACAGCCCCCUCUACUUCUCCUACUCCCACCUGGUCUGCCGCACAGCCAUCGAAGAGGCACAGGCUGAGAGGAAGGACAGUAGCCACCCCGUCCACGUGGACAACUGUAUCCUGAACGCCGAGGCCCUCGUGUGCAUCAAGGAGCCCCCCGCCUACACCUACCGGGACUACAGUGCCAUCCUUUACCUGAAUGGAGACUUUGACGGAGGAAACUUCUAUUUCACUGAACUAGAUGCCAAGACUGUGACGGUGAGUGUCCUUGUCCCCAUCCCUGGGAGACAGAAACCCACAAGGCGCAGUGGGCAGAACGGCCAGUCUUCCAAGUGGCCAGCACUCCCCUCCCCAAACCAGGGGGGCCUCCGACGGGUCCCCUUUCUCUUUGGCUCUGGCCUUUGGGAAGCCAGGCUGAGAAGCCACCCCGUCCUGGACCCGAGUGACCCCAGCCCUCCUGAAGGCAGGUUCCAGUCUCUGUCCUGUGCAGCCCCCUCGUUGUCCCCUUUAGGCAGAGGUGCAGCCCCAGUGCGGAAGGGCCGUGGGAUUCUCUUCGGGCACCGAAAACCCACACGGAGUGAAGGCUGUCACGAGAGGGCAGCGCUGUGCCAUCGCCCUGUGGUUCACUCUGGAUGCGCGACACAGUGAGCGGGACAGGGUGCAAGCGGAUGACCUGGUGAAGAUGCUUUUCAGCCCAGAGGAGACGGACAUCCCCCACGAGCAGCCCCCGGAAGCCCAGGAGGGCCCCCUCCCGCCUGCACAGGAGACCGUCUCCAGCAGUGAGUCGGGGCACAAGGAUGAGCUCUGAGAGCUCACACGAGGACAGCGAUCGGACCACGUGAGAACUCGCUCCUGCACCCUGGACCGGCCAGCCCUGGGCCAGGAGCAGCAGGGAACUUAGGUCUGCUGCCCAGCUGAGGGGACUCUGCUCCCCGCCGUCCGGCACGGUGCUACUGCUCUUGGAGAGGACAUGGCAGGACGGCCCUCUCCUCCAGACCUGACCGAGGGCUCGGGGUGCAGGCCCAGAGCUGCUCCAGGGGCCUCACAGGCAGCCACGUGACAGCCCUGCCGUAUUUAAUGUCUGUGUCGAUGACCAAAGAAUAAACGAGUCGUGGUUUCUUAC